AGCCCUAAUUGGGCUUUCCCCUUACAAAUAUAGGAUUACCUAACUACUUUUAUACCUCAAAUACCCUAAAAACAAGAGUCUUACUGAUAAAAAAACCACCCAUCUUUUCACUUUCUGACAAUGAAAUCACCAGCCAAACAAGACUUUAUUGAAGGAAAUCAAGAAGAAGACUUUAUCCAGAGGAAAAUAAGAGUAAAAAUUUUAGACCCAGAUGCUACAGAAUCAUCAUCAGAUGAUGAUGAACAACAAGAAAAAAGACCGAAGUACAUUGUUCAUGAAAUUAUUCAAGAAAAGGUAAAGAUUCAAUCUUUUUCAAUAAAUAAUGGAAGCCCUUUUGAUUUUUAUCAAUUUUCUGGUAAAUUGUCUCCUAUGGUGAGAAAAAGAAAAUGUGGAAAAUUAGGUACAGAGGAAAAGUUGAAAGUGGCUAUUUUUGCAAAAUCUGAAAAUGGGUCUUCUGGGGAUCUUCCAUUAAUGGCUGAUUCUCAGACCUCGGAUUCACUCAAAAACAAAAAAUUUACCACUGAGUAUGAGGAAAAGUUGAAGGUGGCUAAAAAUGCAAAAGUAAAAAGGGCUAUUUCUGCAAAAUCUGAAAUUGGGUCAUCUUCAUCAGAGGUAAAGAUUCAAUCUUUAUCACUGAUAAACAGAAAGUCUUUAAGUUUUGAUCAAGUUUCUGGCAAAUUACCACCUAUGGUUAGGAAGAGAAAAUCAGGGAAAUUUGCUACUGAGAUUAGAGACCCAUUUAGGAAGAAAAGAAUUUGGUUGGGUACUUUUGAUACAGCUGAAGAAGCUUCUGAGGUUUAUCAAUCUAAGAAACUUGAGUUUCAAGAGAAGUUGAAUAAGG